AUGCUCCCCGGGAUGCUUUUAGAUACGGUUGCAGGUCUGUCGCUCGACACCGUCCGAGUUCAGCGAGCUCAGUCUGCCCAAGAGCGCCACCAGACGCGGGCGUUGCGGCCAACCAAUUUUAGUACUUGGCGAGUGUCUGAACUGAAUGAGCGUCGGGAGAGACAAACCAGGGUGUCCAGGCAAACAGACCUGCUCACUGGUGGGUUCAACUUCGGGGGUAAAAUGGCCUUAGUGGUCCACGAGUUGACAACUCCUCUUUUUGUAUGCCAACAGUCCAUUGAGAUUCCCAAUAUGAGCUUGCUAGUGCUGGCAUGUGAACGGACAGGGGCCAGGAGACGAGGUGUCUGA